AUGCUCCGUCGUAGUGCAUUCUUUUUGUAUUCCGGUGUCACGGCCCCUCUCGGAAAGGGACGUGUGGUGCCUCUCAAGUUUGACGGCCUGAAGCCCGUGUAUGUGCCUAAGAGCUUCACAACGCAGUUUUUUGUUUUGGGUCUCUGGUCCAUCAGUAACAUGAUACCAAACUUUAUUUUUGGACUGUUGCUGAUUGCGGGGGCACAUGGAGGACUGACGGGCGCAUGGCCACCGGAUCCGCAUUCACUGCACCCGUAG